CACUGAGUGUGGCCUGUCUCUGGAGUGGGCUGUGUCAGGAAGGAGGUGAUAGCGUGCUUGUGGGGGUUAAUUGGAAUACAUCAACUAACACCACUGAGGAAGGGAGUAAGGUGAAUUGUUGUGGAGUGACUUGGGGAUAUCAGACAUCACAGAGUAGACCAGAAGAGAGGAUGGAGGGACGACGAGAGAGCAAGGGGGACGUGGAUUACCUGGACCCCAGCGCUGUUGGGACAUACAGGAAACACAGUAGUGGGGACCUCCACAGUCGAUUAAAAACCCGCAAACUCCUCGGUGUUGGCGAAACAGAUGAUGGCGAUGUUCACAGGUCAAAGUUAAGUCAGAUCCUGGGUCACAGUGACCAGCUGUAUAUCCGCCUGCCCCAAGGUCUGCGAGUAUGGCAGUGUCUACUGGCUGCCAUGUUCACCAUCAUCGCCCUCUGGGCCUUGGUGUUUCCUGCUCAUCUGUUUGACAUCUCCUUCGAGACAGAGGAGGGCAAAUACCUGACACUUCCAGUCCGCCUCUACGGCGCUGCAUUGCUCAGUCUGUCCUGCUUGCACUGGAACACCCUCCAGUCUCAGGACCGAGAUGUCAUCAGAGGCUCUCUGCUGUCCAGUGUUAUCUACUUCUCUCUACAAACCCUCGUUACAGGCCUUCAUCUGCUGUGGACGGGGAGUCUGUCUCGCAAUGCAUCUAUCCUACUGGGCUGCCGGGCCAUGUUUGCACUCAUCACCUACCUGUUCUAUCACCUGGUGGGCUGUAAGAAUGUCUCCAUCCGACGCACCAACUCUACCAGCAAGGAGCUGCACAACCAGAAAGAGCACUAAACAAGGGCAUGUAACUCUAUGUACCGACGCACUGUCACAAAUCUUCUUGGGGAAAGUUCUCGGUGUACUUCCUUGUCUUGAUAUCAUCUUGUGUAGUCACUAGGAUAGUUCCCUUGUUUUGCUGGUAUGGGUAGUCACCAGGAAACUGUUUUCUCAAUGAUAAGAUCUCCCUGGCUUCCUUCCUCAAAGCAAUCUUGGCAUCAUGUGUAUUAUUGGUUUCAUUACAGGAGUUAUUAUAGGUGUUACAACUUGGCUAUGAUAGAUUUGUGGAAGGGAGCCAGAUCAAUGACGAGGUGGGAUCAUUUUGUGACAAGGUCAGGUCAUUAGAGGACAAGGUCGUGUUGCCAGUAAGCAAAGGCUAAGUCAUUUUGAGACACGAUCAGGGUUAAUAGUGAUGAGGCCAAGGUCACAACAAUGUUAGGUUACAGAGGGUCAAGGUCAAAUGACAAGGGUCCAUAAAAUGUCAAGGUCACAUGAUGAUGAUGUCAGGAUGGAAACUAAAUUGAGGGAGAUGACACUAUAAUAUGGGCAUUAAGGUUAACUGUUUAAACCCAUUGCCAGAAAUUUGUAUUGUUUGCCUCAGAAACAUAGCAUCCCAUUGAUUGUAUAUUAUUUAUUCAAUCAGUCUUUGCUAUAGGAAUAAAUAUGACAGGUGCAAGACUAGAACUUCAAGAUGUCUGUUUGUUGUUAUUACAAAAAGUGAUAUAAUUAGCCUUCCAUUUUGUGAACAUAUGUAGCUUUAUACAAAUUGGCUUUCUCAAAUGAGCUUCCUCUCAAACUAGCUAAAGAGAAUGAGUUCUUCUCAUCAACACAAUCCUAUUACCAGCAAACUUUGUACCACUCUAUAAUUCUUCAUCAAGUUUUUUUCAGUGUUGUGUGCAUUUUUUUCCAUUAUAUAAUAUGACAAAAAAUAAAUACUUUUCAAUAGAUAAAAUAUCCUUUGCAAUUCUAACCUUGCACUUGUUUUGAAAGACAAAACAGCUAGUGUUUGUGUUAAGUCUAUCAUUUACUGGUAACCGUUCUUAUAUUUGAGCAAGAACAUUCUAGAUCUGAGGUACAGUACCUGUUUAGAAUGUCCGCAGUAUGUUCAUUAUUUGGUUUGAAUUACACAGUAGAGGCGUGAAACCUGCUUAGCUGAGGUAUGCUUACAUUCAUGUGUUGCUGUUUAUCGUCACAGUUAAUGCUUCAUCUUGUCACAGGUAACACUUUGUGUCGUCACAGGUAACACGUCAUGUCAUCACAGUGCUUCAUCUUGCAGCAUACUUGUCCCACUGCCUGACAUUUUGAAAACAUUCUCAUAAAUGCUUCUGCAUUGGCGACUGAUUGUUUCCUCAGUAACAUCAAUGAUUGAACAGUCCUCCAGGAACAUCUGUGACUGAAAUCUCCUAGAGUAACAUCACGCUCCUUGAGGAAUGUCUGUGACUGAACUCGUCUUGAAGAAUUUCUUUGAUAGAACUCUUCUUGUGGAACAUCAGUGGUUGAACAAAUCUUCAUUAAUGUCUUUGAUUGAAUGUUCCUUGAGUUACAGAACUCUUAUCAAGGAACAUCACGUUCCUUGUGGAAUGUCUGUGACUGAACUCCCUCGAGGCACAUCACUGACUGAACAUUCUUCGAAGAACAUGUUUGACUUGACACACUGCAAGUAACAUCAGUGAUUGAACACUUCUUGUGGAACAUCAGUGAUUGAACACUUCUUGUGGAACAUCAGUGAUUGAACACUUCUUGUGGAACAUCAGUGAUUGAACACUUCUUGUGGAACAUCAGUGAUUGACCGCUCUUCACUAUGUGUGGCUGAUUUACAUGUCGCCAUGUCCAUAAGACUCAUAGCCACUCCAGUAUAUCUUGUGACAACUACUCUUGCAUGUCUAAUGACCAAUGGUAUUGCAUGUCUAAUGACCAAUGGUAUUGCAUGUCUAAUGACCAAUGGUAUUGCAUGUCAAGGCUGGAUUUUCCGGCCAUCACCAUGGACUUGUAUACCAGCUGUCUGAGUGACAAACCUGGAUCUGUGUUCAGCACAGAAGCCAGACACUGGACAUUACUAGAAAGACACUGGACAUUACUAGGAAGACACUGCUGCUGGUCAGCUUCCCAGGAAGUUUGAACCUCCUGAUUGACCCCAUUGAAGUGAACCUGUAGAAGAGGGAGGGUUAGGUUCCGACCUACCCUGUCCACGCAUGUCAUGAUAGACUCUACCAGUUAUGUGGGAAUGUUCUCUGCCUUACACGUGGCAAGAUCUACUGGCAUGGAACAAGAACAUGUGGACUUCCUGAGUUGAUUCACCAGUAGCUGAUGGGCUCUGACUGACACAUGGCAAGAUCUACUGCUAUGGAAUGAGAACCUGUGGACUUCCUGAGUUAUUCAGUAGUAGCAGACAAUUUAAGCAAGCUGCCCAUCAUAUGAUUAGCAGCAAGUCCAUGACAUCCAACAAAUUCAGUCUACAUCUUGAAGUGCAAGGUUAACUAAACCUGAGAUCAUAUGGAUGAACCACAGUUAGUGAUAGUGUCUGAUGGAUUGAUGACAAAAACAUGUACAAGUUGUCUCUGCAUGAAAUUGUUCUUGCUAAGACAGUGACGUAAUGGUCAUGGCUCUGGGCAUGAUUAUUACAAACAUAUAAGCUCUUUCUUCCAUCAGAGACUAUUUCUUAUCUGAUUACGUCUUCUGUAUGCCCCCCUCACAAGCUAAUCAUAAUAGUGUUACGUCACUGGCAUUGUGCUCAGUCCAUGCAAGGAGUACACUGAAUACUCAACUGACAACAAUGGAGACUGGACGCUCCCAAUGCUGGCCUAUAAAUCACAAUAAAUCUGAACGUUGGCGCUAGGUUUUGUUCAUUGAGUGUGCCAUGCUUCUUCAGAUAUCACCAAUAUAAUGCAUUCCAUACACAUGGUGUCACAAAAUCACUGGUAUUUUAAUUGCUAAUGGUAUUGUUAGUGGUCCAAGUUUGUAUCAUUAUAACACAUCAGACGGUGUAGUAUUUCUGUUCCCAAGUAGAAAACAAGACCUUUUCGUAGACUGACAAUCUCAACCACUGUACAUUGUGAAAACUUUUUGUAUCCCAGCUGUCAUCACUGUCAGCAAUGACACAAUGUCCUUUCCCAAGAACACUGCAGAAUCUCAGCAAACUGAAUCCCAUACUGUAUAGGUUGUGACAGUGCAGUGUCUGUGUUGAAGGUGGUAGUUGAUGGCCAGCACUUCCUGGGUCUGUGCACACCGUGUUCCUCCACACAAAUAAGGAUGCUUUGUUGUGAAGUAAGAAACUCACUGUGUUCUAGUCAGGAAAUAAAACAGGUCCAUGUAUGAGAAGUCAAAUGAGACACAUGCAUGAAUGUUGUGCAAACUUUUUGCCUGAAAUUGAAGCACUGUGUAGCAAUGUAGAUGUAAUCUGAAUGCUCAUUGGUCUGAGCCUUGGUAGGAACCAUGUCAAAAUUCAUUCGUUAAAAAUGUACAAGUGUACCACACAGGUGCCUUGUGUUCAUGCUUGCUGCAGGAACAUGGUGUAUACAAACCAAGGAGGUAUUGAAGGAGGUCUCAAUCCAGUGUGCCACCUUGCGCUUCACUAUAUAGAUCCGCUUCUCAUAUCUCCAUAAACUGGUUGUCAGUGAUUCCUGUAUUUCCAUAAGUUUAUAUGUGCCUGCAGAUACACCCUUGUAAUACCACCAUGACUUGUCAUCUACCUCAUUAUGUCUCUGUACCAUGCCCACACUAGUUAUCUCCCCUCAAAUACCAGGUUGUAGCAGCUGGCUUGUCAAUACAUGCUUUAUACGGAAUUAAUACUUUUUGGAAAAUGAUGUCUUCAAAUUU